AUGGCUGAUUCGCGCACACAAUCCCAAACUAUGGAUCCACGAAUACAGAAGCCCGCAAAUGCCGCACAGGGACCUAAAUCAAGAAGAGUUCGAACGGGCUGUCUUACUUGCAGGGAGCGCCAUCUAAAAUGCGACGAAACUCUGCCCAAAUGUCAGAACUGUUCCAAGUCCGGGCGGAUAUGCAAGCGAGGCAUUCGACUCAACUUUAUUGAUACACAAGUCACAGUUCCUCCAUAUACAUUAGCACCUCCGCUAGGUAUCCGGUUGAAUUUUCAGGAUGAAUCGAGGGAUAUUGCGUCUGAAUAUGUGGGAGGGUUCGAGAGGUAUCCGCCGUUAAAUCAGUCGAAUACCCAAAUAAGCAAUGCGGCGACAAACCAUUUCGAGUUUACAAACAUGAUCAAUCGGCCACCUAUAAAUAUUUCUGGUUCACUUUUGUCGUUUCCGGAGACACCACAUCCCGAAAUGCAGGAUUCUUUGCUCACUGAGCCGCAGUAUGCUGCGAACCAUGCCCUUCAAGAGCAGAAUGCGUUCUUGCCAAAGAUGCCGAUGCAUACUCCGAAUGAUCGUUCGUGUAUCACCACACCCGAGGAGGUUCUCUUAAUGCAGGUCUUUGUAGAAGAGGUUGCAUUGUGGAUGGAUUCGAUGGAUGCCAAUAAACAUUUCUCAGAAAUCAUACCCCUCCAUGCGCUCAAUGAGCCCUUGCUACUCAACGCAAUAUGGGCAUGCGGUGCUCGACACUUGCAUCUCGUAAACUCAUCCUACAGUGAAGAUAGGGCGGCUCAUUACUACAACACCGCAUCACAAAGCUUACUAUCCCAUCUACAAAACCCUCAUCGAGACCCCGUUCUCUGUGCUACCGCCGCCGUCAUUCUGAACGUGUACGAAGUCAUGUGUGAAAGCGCAAUGCAGCGGAUGAACCACAUAGCAGGCGCAAGAGCCUUGAUUAAAGAGUGUCGCUGGAACGGCAAAUCACCGGGUAUCGGUGGUGCAUGUUUCUGGGUCAAUGUAGGAAUGGAGCUACUCAGCUGUCUCCAUUUUAAUUGGCAGUUGGCCUGGGACCCGGAUACGUGGCAUAUGGACAUGGAUACGGAACUUGUCCCUUCCGAGGGAUUAUUUGGGAAUGAGGACGUUUGGACGCACCGGAUGGUUUAUAUUUGUGCCAAAGUUGCCAACUUUCAGGCGACGAUUCCUCAGUUUCAAAGCCUUGAUCCCCAAUCCCAUCAGUUGCGGCUGCAGCAACGAUGUCAUGAAUGGGAGACGUAUAAGAGGUGGUGCGAUGAAUGGGCGAGAUGCAUCCCACGGUCGAUGAUACCAGCAUGCUAUGUUCAGCCGUGGCAGACGUCAAAAUCUGCAUUUCCCGAAAUCUGGCUUAUGAAACGACCCGCCAUUGUCGGCCGUAUAUUUUACCACCUUACCUGCAUCCUUUUAACCAAAACCCACCCUCUAGAAUCAGAAUUCAGUCCAAAUCUGCGAGAAAUGCAACAAAGACAUGCCUAUGAUGCCUGCGGUAUCAUAGCCUACGUCAAAGACCGUGGCAUCGCAACAACCUCGAUCCGCUGCCUCGCAAUCGCAGGUGAAUGCCUCGUCGCCCGCGAAGCACAGGAAGAAGUCCUCCAAAUAAUCGACAAAAUCAUCAAAGAGACCGGGUGGCGGAUCGCAUUCCUAAAACCAGAGCUGCAAGCGAAAUGGGGCUGGAAUACCUCCGCUCCUACUAAUACUAAUAAUAGUAAUAUCACGACUACCACCACGCCUACGACAUCACUAUCCAUGGAUAACGGAACCCUACCAACCCCAAAUCCGCCAACGGUUAUACCUACUACCGCGUCCACACCCACUCCACCUCCAGCUGCUACUGCGCGCUCCAGAUUCCCGCCAGGAAUUAUCAAUCCGCUCAUGGCAACGGCUGAUUUUUCGAUGCCGAAUCAUCCGUACCAGGAACAUUAUGUUGCACUUCAGGAUGGGUUAGGUGGGUAUCAAUAUACUCAUUAUUGA